AUGCUCGACGAUUGCCAAAAGAAAACUAUCCAGAAGGUCGCAAAGCCAGGUCACAUCAUACUAUUUGUUUUGAACAUCUUAUUGCCAGGCUGGGGUACUAUGAUUUCUUCCUGUAUCUCUUUGAAUGGGUUCAGUUCAGCUACUCUUAUCACUGGAUUUCUGCAAUUCAUUACCUGCUGGCUAAUCAUUGGAUGGCUUUGGAGUAUCUGGUGGGGUUACCUUAUCUUUAAGAAAUCUGAGUGA